AUGGAGCUGCCUGCAGUGGCCAUUGACAGUGCUGCAAACAGCCCCGGCUUUCGGCUGCCGGCGGCCAAUGGAAGGACAACUUCGGAUGGCUCUGACUUCUACCCGUGUUUCGGGGAUGGCAGCAGUGUGACCUCCCGGGCGUCCGCGGCUCUGACCGGUUACGAGACGCUGGACGCCCCGCCGCACUACGACUUCUACGCCAACACGGAGGCCUGGGGCCGGCGGCGGCGCCUCAGACCCUCCCUGUACCAGCUGCACGCCAGCCCCGAGGUUGACUGCAGACCUCCCGUGUAUGAGGAGACAACAGAUGGACGGGUGGAAAGAGACGACAGUUCUGAGGAAGAGGAGGAUGAGCUAAAGGAACCACCAUUCGAACCCACUCGCUUUGGCUGGAUACAGGGAGUCAUGAUCCGCUGCAUGUUGAACAUCUGGGGAGUGAUCCUCUACCUGAGGCUGCCUUGGAUCACAUCUCAAGCUGGUAUAGGUCUGACCUGGGUGAUCGUUCUGCUCUCCUCUUGUAUAACUGGGAUCACCGGUCUGUCAACCUCCGCCAUAGCCACCAACGGCAAAGUCAAAGGAGGUGGAACCUACUUCCUGAUCAGCCGCAGCCUGGGGCCCGAGCUGGGGGGCUCCAUUGGGCUGAUCUUCGCCUUUGCCAACGCGGUGGCGGUGGCCAUGCACACUGUGGGCUUCGCCGAAACGGUCACGGACCUCAUGCGAGAACACGGCGCCGCGAUGGUGGACCGAACCAACGACAUCCGCAUCAUCGGCAUCAUCACCGUCACCUGUCUGCUCGCCAUCUCCAUGGCCGGCAUGGCGUGGGAGUCAAAGGCCCAGAUCCUCUUCUUCGUGGUCAUCAUGGUGUCGUUUGCCAGCUACAUCGUUGGAACAAUCAUGCCCGCCUCGACCGAGAAACAAGCCAAAGGUUUCUUUGGCUACAAGGCGGAUAUCUUUGCCACCAACUUUGUGCCCAGCUGGCGGGGGCCGGAGGGCAGCUUCUUUGGCAUGUUCUCCAUUUUCUUCCCCUCCGCUACGGGCAUCUUGGCGGGAGCAAACAUCUCCGGAGACCUCAAGAAUCCAGCAGUGGCUAUCCCUCGAGGGACGCUGAUGGCAAUAUUCUGGACCACAAUAUCCUACAUCAUCAUCACUGCAACCGUCGGAUCCUGUGUGGUGCGAGACGCAUCUGGCGUCAUAAACGACACCCUGUCCUCCUCGCCGUCCGCUGCGGACUGCGAUGGCGUUUCGUGUCAGUUUGGGUGGGACUUCACCGAGUGCAUCAACAACAAAACCUGCCCCUACGGCCUCAACAACUACUAUCAGACGCUGGGCAUGGUGUCGGCCUUCGCCCCGCUGAUCACCGCCGGAAUAUUCGGAGCCACCUUGUCCUCCGCUUUGGCCUGCCUGGUGUCCGCUCCCAAAGUCUUUCAGUGCCUCUGUAAGGACCAUCUCUACCCCGUCAUUGGCUUCUUUGGAAAAGGCUAUGGCAAAAACCACGAACCUCUCCGAGCCUAUCUUCUGACAUACAUCAUAGCUGCCUGCUUCAUCAUAAUUGCUGAGCUGAACACCAUCGCUCCGAUCAUCUCCAACUUUUACCUCUGCUCCUACGCUCUGAUCAACUUCAGCUGCUUCCACGCGUCCAUCACCAACUCACCGGGUUGGCGUCCGUCGUUCAGGUUCUACAGUAAGUGGCUGUCCCUGCUUUGUGCGGCGAUCUGUGUGGUCAUCAUGUUCCUGCUGACCUGGUGGGCGGCCCUCAUCGCUAUCGGCGUUGUUAUAUUCUUUCUGGGAUACACACUCUACAAGAAGCCAGCGGUCAACUGGGGCUCCUCGGUCCAGGCCGGCUCCUACAACAUGGCGCUGAACCACUGCGUGGGGCUGAACCUGAUAGAGGACCACGUGAAAAACUACAGACCUCAGUGUCUGGUGCUGACCGGUCCUCCCAGCAGCCGGCCGGCUCUCGUGGACCUCGUCAGCUGUUUCACCAAACACCUCAGUCUCAUGAUGUGCGGCAACGUGGUCACUGCCGGCUCCUCUCCAUCCGUGUACGAGGAGGCCAGCGGUAGUGCCCACGUGUCCUGGCUGAACCGGAGGAAGGUCCGGUCCUUCUACAGAGGGGUGGUGGCCAAUGAGCUGCGGGCUGGGGUCAGCAUGCUGCUGCAGGGGUCAGGUCUGGGUCGCAUGAAGCCAAACGUUCUGCUGAUGGGUUUUAAAAAAGGCUGGCGGAGUGACUCCCCUCAGGAGGCGCAUAACUACAUAGGAAUACUGCAUGACGCCUUCGACCUCCAGUAUGGGGUGUGCGUGCUCAGAAUGAAAGAGGGGCUGGACAUCAGCCGCCCAUCUCAGGCACACGUUAAUCGAGGUUUUGACGGAGGAACGGACACCCUGGACACCAGCCCUGCCAGAUACAGCAUUCAAACAACCUCUUCAUCCUCUGUGGUGACCGAAGCCCAACCCGAGGUCACUACCGCAUUUCAGAAUAAACAAGGGAAGAAGACCAUUGAUGUGUACUGGCUGUCCGAUGAUGGAGGUCUGACCCUGCUGCUCCCAUACCUGCUGACCCGCAGGAAGCGCUGGGCCAGGUGUAAGGUCCGAGUGUUCGUGGGAGGAGAUUCUGACAAGAAGGAGCAGCAGAGGGAGGAGGUCCUGUCCCUGAUCAAGAGGUUCCGUCUUGGUUUCCAAGAUGUCGAAGUGCUUCCUGACAUCUACGAGGCUCCUCAGCCCAUGAACAUCCAUCAGUUUGAGAACAUGAUCGGCCGCUUCAGGUUAGAUUCCAAACCCAAACAGGAGUCAGAGUCUGGGCCGAUCGGUCAGCAGGCGGCGCCCUGGAUGAUCACGGAGCAGGACUUUGAGCGGAACAGGGUCAAGUCUCUCCGUCAGGUCCGUCUGAACGAGGUGCUGCAGGACUACUCCAGAGAGGCUGCGCUCAUCAUCAUCACCAUGCCGGUGGGGAGGAGAGGAGUGUGUCCCAGCACUCUUUACCUUGCCUGGCUCGACAUAUUGUCCAGGGAUCUUAGGCCACCAGUGCUAAUGGUCAGAGGGAACCAGGAGAGCGUGCUGACCUUCUACUGCCAAUAA